AGUUUUCUAUCAUAAGUUAGGUUAUAUAUCGUAUGCAUCAAAUCAUACAAUUAUUUAUAAGCUAGUUUUUUAAGGAAAAAACACUUAAAUUUAGUGAAUUUGCAGUGCGAAAUCUUUAAAAAACCACAGACGAACACUUGGCACAAACGAAAGUUACGUGUAAACGUCGUGGCUUUUGUUUAAUUAUUUUGAAAAAUAAUAAAAAUAAAAAAAAAAUAAAAAUAAAAAACUUUGGCAACUAAAACCAAUCCCAAAACACAAGAAACAACAACAGCAACUAGUGUAAAAUUCAAAGUGUAAACAAGAAGCGACAAAAACACAAAACAGACACCGAUAACAAAUUCAAGUCCACAAGUGCAACAUAAACAGCAGCAAAAUUACGUCAAUUAUUGAAAAUCUACCCGGCGCAAUAGCUCACAAUCACCAAAACAACAUCAUGGAAGAAGACGAGAGGGGCAAACUGUUCGUUGGCGGCCUGUCCUGGGAGACAACGCAGGAGAAUCUCUCUCGCUACUUUUGCCGCUUCGGCGACAUUAUUGAUUGUGUCGUUAUGAAGAAUAACGAGAGCGGCAGAUCACGUGGAUUCGGCUUUGUCACCUUCGCCGAUCCCGCUAACGUCAACCAUGUGCUGCAGAGUGGACCGCAUACGCUCGACGGUCGUACCAUCGACCCGAAGCCCUGCAAUCCCCGUACGCUGCAGAAGCCGAAAAAGGGCGGCGGCUACAAGGUGUUCCUCGGCGGUUUGCCAUCGAACGUGACAGAGACCGAUCUGCGCACCUUCUUUGGUCGCUACGGCAAGGUCACCGAGGUGGUCAUCAUGUACGACCAGGAGAAGAAGAAAUCACGUGGAUUUGGUUUCUUGUCCUUUGAGGAGGAAUCCUCUGUGGAGCACGUUACCAACGAGCGUUACAUUAAUCUAAAUGGCAAGCAGGUGGAAAUUAAGAAAGCGGAGCCACGCGAUGGUUCUGGAGGACAGAACUCGAACAACAGUGCCGUGGGUGGUGCCUAUGGCAAACUGGGUAACGAGUGCAGCCACUGGGGACCGCAUCAUGCGCCGAUUAACAUGAUGCAAGGCCAGAACGGUCAGAUGGGUGGCCCACCAUUGAAUAUGCCAAUUGGUGCACCAAACAUGAUGCCCGGUUAUCAGGGCUGGGGCACCUCGCCUCAGCAGCAGGGCUAUGGUUAUGGCAAUAGCGGUCCGGGCUCGUAUCAGGGCUGGGGCGCACCACCUGGCCCCCAAGGACCACCACCGCAAUGGUCGAACUAUGCUGGACCACAGCAAACCCAAGGAUAUGGCGGCUACGAUAUGUACAACUCGACUUCGACCGGAGCCCCAUCGGGACCUUCGGGCGGCGGUAGCUGGAACACGUGGAAUAUGCCACCAAAUUCAGCUGGGCCAACUGGGGCACCAGGUGCUGGCGCUGGCACCGCCACGGACAUGUAUUCGCGUGCCCAGACCUGGGCAGCAGGCGGACCAUCGACCACCGGACCCGUGGGCGGCAUGCCGCGCACUGGACCAGGCAACUCGGCCUCCAAAUCGGGCUCCGAGUACGAUUAUGGCGGCUAUGGCUCCGGCUACGAUUACGAUUAUAGCAAUUAUGUUAAGCAGGAGGGCGCCUCCAAUUACGGCGCCGGCCCGCGGUCAGCGUACGGCAACGACAGCUCUACACAGCCACCGUAUGCCGCAUCGCAGGCCGUCUAAAAAGCCAGAUCGUGCGUGUUGUCGUCUCGUGUCAUCCCGCGCGGCCCCAUGAGGUGAAUGAUGAAGAAAACAAAAAGAUGGUGGUAAUUGUAAGCUAAAGCGUCGUCUGUUCGUUUCAUAAUUUUUAAAAGAUAUUUUUUAUUUGAGAUCACUUGUUGAAAUUAAUUAAUGUAACUCUUGUGUACACAACAAAUAAUUUAAAAGCAUAAUUUAACACACACACGCAAACAAACACAAACACGGAAAUCAGCUUGAAUGCAAAUCCCUAGCGAAACAAGGCAGGUUUAUAGACUAAUAUAUAUAUAUAUAUAUAUAUAGAUAGUAUAUGUAUAAAAGGAAAAUAUAUAUGUAUAUAUACGUUUAUAUAUAUGUAUAUAUACAUUCUAUAGCAAUGAGUAUGUAAAAAAUUUAUAGGCAACAAAAACCACAGUCAAAACUCUCGACUCAGAGCAACAAGAACAUUUUUCAUACGCCCUCCCUUCCUCGUCAGACAUAUAUAUAUAUAUAUAUAUAUAUAUAUGUAAGUCCUACCUAACUAACAAGAACAACAACAAUCCAACUAAAACCACAUAUACAUGCAUAUUAAAUACGAAAACAAAAUAAUAGAAUUGUGAAGAUUUAAAAGUAUAAAGUUUAGCCAAUUAGACACAAGAGAAAAGUGUACGAAAUACCAACAAAAGAAUAACAUUAAAAAGGAAUUAUAAGAAAUUAUACUUUAAAAACAAAACAAACAAACAUCCCUUAACUACUAAAAUUAGUAAAUACCAAUUCGAAACUGUACAUUUAAAGCGUAAAAACCCCACGACUAGUUGGCAACAAAAACAUAAAAAAAAGAAGAAAAAAAAAGAAAGGAAACAAUCGAAAUGGAAAAGAUAAUC